UUUUUGAAUGCUGACCUUUUUCCACAUUAUAAAGAGGGUUAGUGGUUAGUAUGUGGACUUUUCUUUACCUUGCCCCAUGUUCCUUGCUAUAGAAAGAAAGGCCCAUACAAGCAAUGAGUGAAACCUUGAUGCACUUUUAUUGAUUCUAAAAUCACUACACCAGUAAAUGCAAGUCCUGGUGUCGACGGGGAAAACGCUUACAGCACUUCGGAAGUGCUCGUGUAGAUCAUCCUGAGAAAUAAUGUACAUGUACAACUUCCACAGUCGUCACUCUUAACUAAGGUUACCACAUGCCACGGAAGUGGGACUUGGGCUGACUUUUGCAACCAUUUAUCAGAAUGUUUGGGGCCGGGUUCCCAUCCUGCGGGACUCAAAAGGUCACCGCACAGGUACACGCGACCUUUCACAAUAAGGAGAAUGAGCACAACACGGUUGUGGGUGGAGCAGAAACCUGUAAACCGCAGCUGUGCUCUUUGCUUUAGCUUUGUUUAGAUAACAUGUGUUAGCUCGUACCGUCAGAUAGCAACGUUAGCUGAGAUCAACGACCAAAAUGUCCAGUUAGCGCAGACCAUUUAAAUGCAAAAUGCGAUGCUACCAUCGAGCAUUUCUCCCGUGCAUGGUUUCCACCUUGCUUUCACUGAUGUACGUGUUCAGUCAAGUAGCCUCCACCUUGGAAGACCGCGACCUGAAAGCGCCGGGGAAACCCGACGGGCACAGCCAUGACACCGGACACCUUCUCAGGAGAACCCCAGGAUCGGCGGGCCUACGAGACCGCGACCGAGGGCUUGGACGGUGUAAAAAACUGCCCGUUUCCUACUGGGAGCCACAUUGGAGUCUGCCCGCUGGUGUGUGUGGAGUGAACUGCUUAUUGGAAUCAUCCAUUAGAAAGAGGUCAGGCUCUGAACUGGAGGAACGCGGUAGUGGGAGCAGUCACCUGGCGGUGGUGGCCUGUGGCCCCCGGCUAGAGGAGACACUCGCCAUGUUGAAGUCUGCUGUGCUCCUCAGCCACAAAUCUCUGCACUUUUACGUCUUCGCUGAGGAUGAUCUGCACGAGCACUUCCGAAAUGCUCUGGACUCGUGGCCCAGGACCAUUCAGACCAAGUUUAACUACACCAUCUACCCCAUUACUUUUCCCGCGGAGAAUGCCAAAGAGUGGAAGAAGCUCUUCAAACCUUGUGCGUCCCAGAGGCUCUUCCUGCCUCUGAUUCUAAAGGAAGUAGAUUCUUUGCUCUAUGUGGACACCGAUAUCAUUUUUCUGCAGCCGGUAGAGGAAAUCUGGGCCCUCCUUUCUCAGUUCAAUUCCAGCCACAUAGCUGCCAUGGCUCCAGAGCACGAGGAGCCACGCAUAGGCUGGUACAACCGCUUUGCACGCCACCCGUACUAUGGCAAGACCGGCAUCAACUCAGGAGUCAUGCUCAUGAACAUGACGCGCCUCAGGGAGAAAUCUUUUAAGAACGACAUGACACCAGUUGCACUAAAGUGGGAGGAAAUACUUAUGCCCCUUCUCCAGAAAUAUAAACUCAACAUCACCUGGGGGGACCAGGACCUUCUAAAUAUCAUUUUUCACCAUAAUCCAGAAAGCCUGUAUGUGUUUCCCUGCCAGUGGAACUACCGGCCAGACCACUGUAUCUACGGCAGCAACUGUCAGCAGGCUGAUCAAGAAGGUGUCUUUAUUCUCCAUGGCAACCGGGGCGUCUACCAUGAUGACAAGCAGCCUGCGUUUCGAGCCGUGUACGAGGCCAUCCGACAGUACACGUUUGGCGAGAACAUGGAGACCUCGCUGCUCCAGCCGCUGGAAGCGUCGCUGCGGAGCACCACGCACACCUACUGCGGAAGGAGCGCGCACCUGUUCACCAAGAGCUUGAAACGGAGCGUCACGUCUGUCCGACGAGAGGCCGAGCGGAGACCGUGACCCCCCCCCCCACAGCACGGACGUCCUGAUCGACGGCUUACUUCUCUGGGAGGGGAGGCGGGUCCUGGAUCCACAGGUCUCAACCGCUGACCGAAGGCGAUCUCUUUGGUAGCGCUGCUGCAACUCAGUGGCAACAGUUAUUGGGGGCGAAGAAGCAGGAUUUGGGGUUUGAGGCAACAGAGGCAACGGCACAGCAGGUUGUGAUCAUUAUUUAAACGCAGCGGCCACUGAGCGAUCAAAGCCUGGUGUACGGAUGGGAAGGUAAUAUUACACAACUACAACGCAGUCAAUCAUCAUGGGUGAAAGCAACAGACCCGACUUCUAAAUGCAGAAAAGGUGGCUGGCACAUCAACGGAGUGAAUGCGUCAAUUUAAAAAGUUUCUAACAGCACUGCCUCUCAUCUCACAUGUUUGUAUUCUAGUGAAUAAUUUAAAUAGUUUCAUUCUUCUGGCCUGUAUCACAAUAUUUUGGCCUCAUUCUUUUUACUGCAAACAGGACUUCGAAGCAGAUGGAAACAUGCCAGAACUGUUCCAAGACCUGAGUGGACUCAUUUUCUUGUCCAUUUUAAAAUGAGGGCUUCACUUAAUAGGUGGAAACGUCGACAUUCAGAUGAAUAUGAGGCUUAUUAGUUUCCUCCUACCUGAGCUACAGAGCUCAACAGAUGAUGAACAUUUCCCAAUUCAGCUUGAAUGAAUAUUUCUGCCACAUUUCCCCGGAUGUACAAAAGAAACCGAGCUGUUUGGGUUCCUGCAGGCAACACACACCUGUAGUAACACAUAUUCAUGUCAUAUCAUCAUGUAUGUGAUGUAUGCACUGACACUUUAGAGAAAAACCUACAGUCACUUUGAAACAGUUUAUGGUCUUUAAAUGUGUACUCUUGUCUAUCGUGAAUGUAUUAGUUAUUUUAAUCACUUUGCAUACAGGUUUUGUACCCGUGUUUUUGUGCCUCCUCAAUCAUCCAAACGGGUUAUUACUUUCAGGUACUUCAAUUUCACAGAAAUUUACAUUUUGUGAACAAAAACUAUUACUCCAUGUCCCGUGUCGAAGUGUCCCUGAGCAAGACACCCAACCCCCAACUGCUCCCUGGGAGCCUUAGGGCAGCACACUGCUCCCGCUGUGUGGGGGUGUGUGUGUGUGUGUGUAAAAUAAUACUUAUAAUAAAAAUGGCUUCUUCUUAUGAACCUUUUAUACGAGGCGUUUCAUUUUCUCUGCUACGGGUGUCUGAGAAUUGUUUACUGUGAUGGAAGAUGCGCUCAGACAAUCGGUGAAUAAAGGAUGAAGUCUCUGAAUCAAA